AUGGCCAAGCUGUAUUUGAUCCAAAACCAAACUUUGGUGCCUGCCACUUUGGUCGCUCCGGUUCGAGUUAACCCUGCUGUAAGUGUAGCAAGAGAAUUUUUUGGAAUUUUUAGAGAUUUUUGUUGCUUUUUUACAGUUUUUUUUCUUGCCUUUUAGGUGUAUUGGAAAUAAAAAUUAAUUAAUUUUAGCGGCAAACCAAAGCUCCGUUGCCAGUCGAGAAGAUCCUCGAAGACCCGGAUGUCCUCCUGAAGCCGCAGAAAACCAACAAUCAGCCCCGUCGCCGAGAACGUCUCACUCAUUUGACGCCAGAGGAGAAGCUGAACCGCCGCAAAAUGAAGAACCGCGAAGCCGCGCAGAAUGCCCGAGAUCGCAAGAAGGAGCAAGGGAAACAAAUGGAAGACGUCCUCCGACAACUUGCCGCCGAGAACAAGAAGCUCCGCAACGAGAACGCCAAACUCAAGGCGCAAGUGGCUCGAUUGAGCGGCCAACGCAGCAGCUACAGCUCGGCCAGCACCGAGCUGGACUUGCCCGCCAGCCCGGACAGCGCGUACGCCAGCAGCUCCACCUCUGCCCUGUCGCCCGUCUCCUCCACCAACUCCAGCACUGGGUAUCAGCCGGUCGUGUACUACGACAACGGCCCCAACCAAGCCCUCUCCGAGUCCUCCCACUAUUCCCUGUCGGCCAGCCAAAGCCCCGAGCCGAGCCGCCCGAUUGUCCCGUCUGUUGAGUCUGCUGAACUCCGGAUGUCCCUGCCGCGGAACAGGACGAUCGGUCGGCUCGACUCCCGGCGACGGCCGCCCGCCACGAGGAAAUGGUCCCGGAGCCGUUCGAGGGCGCGGUCGGCCACUACGUCGAGGUCUACGCGGAUGAUGCUCAGCACGCUGCUGAGUUUGAUGAAUUUGGCCGCGUGCCCGCCGCCGACUUUGACUUCCAGCCCUGCACCAGCUACGAGAACAGCCCCAGCUACGAGUCGGGCAAGAUCGGCGACCUCAAUUCCAGCUUUGAGGCGGGCUACGAACAGCCCCAAGAAUUCCAGACUCCAAGCCUUGAAUUCCAAGACAAAAAGGAGGGCUUCGCGGGCCUGCCGGCCUUUGACGAUCUGGUCCAAAGCGACUUCCUCGACGAGCUCUGCUCCGAACUGGAGAUUUACCCCGCCCAGGAAGAGAGCACCCCCUACCUGAACGACAUCGACAUGGACAGCCAGAACCUCUUUGACUGGUGCGACAACAUGUAA